CCUCUCAAAGGCAAUGCCUUUCCCCACGGCAAAUUUAGUGACGAGGACGAUGAUCGCUUCAACGAAAUCAGCGGCGAGUGGGGGGGGAACCGAAAGCUAGUCUUCCCACGACUCGAUCGUCUCUUCAGCAGCGCCGAAGUGCCGUCGGGAAAUCUAAAGAAGAUCAAAAUCUCCUCUAAAAUCAAAAGAAAUAAUGACAGCACUUCCGCCUCUGGAGACACCACAGAGAGCUCCAAGCACGCCCAUUCGAUGAUCACAUCGAUGCUGACAUUCGUGAGCAGCGUCAUGAACUUUGGCAGGUCCUUCAUCAAGGAUCAGUAAUGCUAGGACAUAAAUGUGAUAUUUCUCUUUACACUUUAUGGUUUAAAAUCUCGUGAAUCUUGAAUGCCAAAAUGAUAAUUAUAUCUGCUGUAUUUAAAAAAAUAAAUUA